GGCGUCGCUACCUGGCGAAAAUGCACCUGUGUAGCGCCAGCUGACAAAUCGAUUCUUCAUGUUGAUCGCCGCCUGGGUUGAUUUCGUUUAGCAUGAAGCUACUGCAUUGUAUACUAAUCUUUCACAGAUAUCAUGGGCAACGGUCACCUUUUGCCGCUGCAUCUUUGCAAACUCAAUCACGAAACCAUCAACAUUGUUGUACACGUUCUGUUUGUCAAAUCCGGCUGUCGUGACACCAAGGAAAUCCCCUCGGUUCCUUGACCCAUCUCGCAUGGUUACCAUUUUCCAAUUUGACAGGAGAAUGCGAGACCAAAACGGGAGACUUGAUUAAAUACGAAGCGAAGGUCCCCCAAAAAGACCGAUGUAAUGUCCACUUGUGCGAGGACCUGCUGUCAUCUUGGAUCCGUCGGCAGGCUGCAUCGACUGAGUAACGUGACGACUUGCUGGGUUGUUCGUCCUCGUCUAUCGACGUGAUCUCACAGGUCUCUCGGCAAGGGCAGCCGAUUGACAUAUAUGACAGAUUUGGUCCAAGCAAUCAUAUCAUUAGUGCUAUCGCGGUCGCGGUGGGGAUGUUCUGUCAGCUCACAAUAUUCCAAUGAAUGCAUCAUGGAGAUAAUGCUUAACUCCAGAUAGUCUCCGGACCUAGCAUGCUGGGCAUGGGGAAAAAGAGUCUUGGAGCUUAUUCUUCACAGCGGCCUAGGAAAAUACUCCGAGAGCAGAACGACGCCAUUAGUCGAGCUUGUCUAUCAUGAGCAACAAGCUUGUAUCCCUUCGUUUUGGAGUUACCGAUCUUCGGUGAGAUCUUGAGAUAUUUUGCUCUUCUGUUGCACAAUAGUCGAGCUUCGCGUCUCCAUGAAGCACAAUGGUCAAAUUCACAGCUCCCGAUGUGACAUUGAUGGAAAUGCCGAAACUGACACGGGCCGAAGGGGUCACAGCCAGGUCCAAGAGACGGGAGGUGGAAAACCAGGGGGGGACGAGGGAAGGCAAAUGGUCAUAGACGUACAAGUGCUUUCGUGAUAUAAGAGAACGUCUCAGACAUGGCCAUGAGAGUUUGUCGGAUCAUCACCGCCUCUAGCUGUGUCGCUAUCCUCUCUUUUGCUGGGACAUAACAUCACUCUGGGGCGAUAGCACUCAGCCCGUUUCUCUCGUUUUAAACAUAGCCGAUGCAGUUCCUCAAGGUCCUCGCCCUUGCGGGCUUCUCAAGCCUGGCAGCAUGCUCUCCAAGGCCAAAGAACCUCCAAGCAGCAUCUUCACCAGCCCCUCAUGUCAUCAAAGCACCCCUUCGUCGCAUGGAGAUGCCUUCUGCGCAGCGAAGACUGGCCAACAUCCGCAACACCCACGGCCAGCCGCCGCAGCCGCACGUCAAGCACUACUUCCAGAGCCCCAAUGGGACGUUCCCACGGACCAACCUCAGCAACAUCUUUGAUGGCUACGAGUACAUGGUGGACGUGACGGUCGGCACCCCGCCGCAGAACAUCAGCGUCAUCUUUGACACGGGCUCGGAUCAGACAUGGCUCAAUCCGCAGUGCAUCGGCAUGUCUCACCAGGCAAUCUGUGUGGCGUCGGGGAGCUACAACAGCUCCCAGUCGAUAACGGCCCAAAAUCUGUCUUCUGAGUUCUCGAUCAUCUACGGCUCUGGAACGGUCGAGGGCUGGUACAUGAGGGACACCGUCUCCAUCGCAGGACUUUCCGCUGAAAAUGUCCAGUUCGGUGUGGCGACAUAUUCGUAUGCCAUGGACUCGGGUAUCCUUGGGCUGGGAUACGACAGUGUCUUUAUGGAUGAGCUUCAAGGACAAGGCAAGAUUGACUCCAAGGAUUUCAGUGUCAGUCUUGGACCCAAUGCAUCACCAAAUGGAGAGAUUGUCCUCGGUGGCGUGGACACCAGAAAGUACUUUGGUCCACUCAAGUCGAUCCAGAUGCUAGAUGAUGAGGGACCUUUUGCCUCGGUACUGCACUACUCGGUCAAUCUGACCUACAUGGGCGUGACCUCCAAAGGCUCUUGUAAGUCGACACCGGCCACCGAGGCGGACUUUGUGACUCCCACCCUCGUCGACACCGGCAGCACAAUUGCCCACCUGCCCUUUGCGGCCGCCAACCGGACUGCUGCCAUGAUACCCGGCACCCGCUUCGACCCGUACACGCAGAUGUGGAAGGUCAGUUGUCACUAUGCCGGGUCGGCCGAGACUGUGGACUUUGCCUUUGGUGACGUCGUUGUCAAUAUUCCCAUGCGCGAGUUCAUCUGGCGCAACGUCCCCAUGGGAGGCCAGUGCUACUUGGGGCUGGUUGGUGACGCCGACAGCAUUGGAUUCUCGGUUCUUGGAGACAGCUUCCUGCGCGCUCUUGUCGCUCUCUACCAGCCAGACCAGAAGCUGUUGAAACUCGCCCCCUACUCGGAUUGCGGCUCCGACGUCCAGUCCAGCAACGCAACUGCAGAAAACCUGACCGGAAAAUGCAGCCGCCCGUCCUGGGACACAUGCACCUCGAGGCCAACCCCGGUGCCGUUGCCAGCCAGCACAUCGGCCAUGUGGACUCCAAGCUGGCCGACCACAACAGCAACGUCGGGGGCUCUCCCCACCAGCGAUGCGACUUUUCUGCUGCCGCCCACCGAGGUGAUGACAGACGUCCCGAAUACCUCUACAAGCAUCGACUGGGGAGUUGAGACGUCGGUGUUUACGGACCCCAUGACGACACGGUCGUACUCGACAUGCUAUGAUGUGUUCUUGGAUACAAUGCUCGAGUGCGAGGUCAGAACAAAAACCACAACUGACUCUUGGGGCGACACCAUCACCCUCUCGAGCACCGUGUUCUGGGACAGUCCAUUGGCACCCACCGACGAGACAUCGGCCGCCUUGUCCACGGCCAUUGGCAACCCGGGUCUCCCUACAGUCCCCGAAGUCACGGCAACUGCACCCGUCACCGAAACCGCUCCACUGACGACCUACGAGCCAAGUUUCGAGUACACGUCGACGUCCACCAGACAAGGCCCCUGCUUCUCCUACCACGAGUGCAUUUUGACCUUUAGCACCCCGCUCGGCGGCACCAUCGCCUCAGAGGUGACCGAGUGCGGGACCUACUGGACCUGCACCGACAUUGUGCCAUCUUCGACCUCUUCUUCCUAUUCGCUGGGCCUGGAUACCACGUCCUCGUCCUUUGACUGGUUUCCGACAAGCGAUGCAGCCGGCGCCGUCACCCCGUCCAGCGACGGCAUCUUCCCCCUGCCCACAAUCGUUCCGACGCCCAUCAGCUCCGACUGGUCGGUUUUACCCAUAGGCACCGAGAUGGAGUCUGGCGCGCCUUCCAGCACCGACGCCGCUGCCCUGCCCGCCUCCAGCAGCACCUCUGUCUUUUGCACCACGUCCUGGGUCUAUGUGACGGUUUACAGCACCGUCUACAGUACCUCUGAGCCCAUCAACACUUGGACGAUGGUCGGUCGGAAGUAGUGUGAUACUCUGGUGGGUCUGGCGAUUGACUGAAAUGAUUAUUGGCAAGGAGGGCCCGCUUGUUGUCGUAUGUCUGUGGUCUGCCUGCUUGGAACGGGCAGGGUAAUGGGGAAGAUUCUCUUUUGUAUGUUCAGCGUCGCCAGUUCUGGCCCCCGCGGCCCUUAAUAAAGACGCACACGAUCGUUUUCUUACAUGUGUCCCAUGCCACCCUGAUGUACCUACGCAAAUAUUCAUCGUCAGCCAGAAACUCCAACGCCCUAGUACUAUCGUCACA